AGCUAGUUGAUCGGAGGGGGGUUUAACGCUCCCCAAGUGCGUCUGGAUAAGAAACUCGGGCCUUAAGCCCAAAGAGCAAAUGAAUCUGAGUCCACUGCAUAGGUUCGUGUUAUCUAACCAAGAUAAGCCCCAUAAACUCAGCGAACGACUUUCCCUCACCGUCUCUUGUACAACGGCCUCACAAACGUCACCUUCAAUCUGAGUUCAAUCCUCCCCUGCAAACGCGAAUCACCAGCUUCUUGCGGACGCGAUUCCAAUCUUCAAUUGGUUUAUUACGGCCGCAAUUCCAACCUUCAAUCCGCUUAUUACAGACACAAUUCCAACCACGGUUUUCAGAUGUGUCUUCUGGUGAACAUCUUCUUGGAGGCGCGAUCGACAAGUGGUGGUGGAAGAGGUCCGAAAACGUCGCACACUAACAAAUAAAGCGAGGAUCCGAAGAAUACGUACUCGAAAAGAACUUUGACGCGAUGGCUUUCCGGACUCAACGUCGACGGCCGCUUCGCAGUCUGUAGGUGUCGAUCGUUGAUGACUCUUCUACGUGUGAGAGGAUGAGAGGGAGAGUGCGAGAGUUUGCGAUUGAUGGUGAUGGUGUCUUCUGCGAUUUGUCCAUGCGUUUGUAGAAACAGGUUGAGAGUGAAAAAGGUGUGUUAUGAGAUUGGUUUGCAAGAUAGUGAAGAUGAAGUUUGGUGAAUUAUGGUGAGAAUGAUCCUCCUCGCAGAAUGAACGACGCUGUUGUUUAUAUAGGGAGUUACAGCUAACAGAGUUUCUCGAUCUGUUAGGGAUUGUAGUGUAAGUUAGUUGGAGGUUUGAUUCCGUUAUAAAAUCAUCGGAUGGAGUUAGUUAGCAUCGAUUGGAUGAAUUUCACAUCAGCUAAUGAGCCUUGGGUUGAGUAGCUGUCAAUUGGUGCAACUGGCUUUUUGUUGCCGUUGGUUUUGGUUUUCAUCGCCGUUUUGGAUGUUGUGGAUAUAUACUUGGUUUAUGCAGAUACUCUAUUCUGAUACCUUUCUCAAAUUGCUUUACUGAGAUGUAAAAGGUUUAAUGGUAAAUGGGUUGACACAAUGGAAUUAUUGGUUUGGACAAAAUAGGAUAUAGAUUUUGUUUGGAUUUGGAUAAAUGGUUUGGGUUGCAAUUAAAUUGGAUAUCUACAUGGUUAGUAAUUAGAAAUGGAUUAUUGGAUGAUGAUUUGGAUAAUUGGUUAUGGACAUGGGCUUUGGUUAAUGUAUAUUUAAAUUGAUUAAAAUUGUAAAUUGGAUUGUUUAAAGUAAUUUAAAACUAAUCUAAACAUUAAAAUAGUCAAUUAUAAGAUAAAAAAUCCAAUUAAAAUUAAUUAAAAUCAAUUUCAAAUUGCUUUAAAAUUUGGACCAUUUUGAAAAAUAUAAAAAAUUAAUUAAUUUUAAAUUUGAAUCAAUUCAAAAAUCAAUUAAAAAUUAACUCGAAAUUCCACAAUUUAAUUGAAAUUAAAAUCAACUUAAAAAAUAAAAAUUCACUUAAAAUGAAAUAAAAGAAUCCAAAAUCCAAUUAAAAUCAAUUAAAAUUAAUUUAAAAUUAUAAACAAUUUUGGAUAUAAAGAUGAAGUGGAUCGAACGAACAUACAGGAUAGUCGAUGUUACCAAAGUCGAGAGAUUAUGGACUUGGGGGUGGAUGGUUGACUUUGGUCAACUGGUUGACCAAAAAGUCAAUAGUUGACCUCAGUCAACCAAGAGGCAUGGAUUAGGGGUUUCUAAGUACAGGGUGACAAAUCAAGCCGUAAGGCACAUCAGGAUUAAAACUCCCCCUGAUUAGGGUUUGAAUCAAUUACAAACUUUGAACCUAUAAAUGCUUGUAUUAACAUGAAUGCACGAUGCAUAUGAAUGACACAUGAUUGAAUACAGAUGAAUCUUAGUCAUGGGUCAGGUGAAAAGUGAAAAGGUGAGGGAAAAUUUUGGGGUACGACAAUAACAACUUGAGUUUUUGUGAUGAGGAACUUCCUAAGGAUGGCAGGAAUCACAAUUUGGCGUUGCAUAUUUCAAUGAAUUGCAAGGAAGACGCUUUGUCCAAUGUGUUGGUUGAUACAAGGUCAUCAUUGAACGUGUUGCCGAAAUCAACCUUGUUAAGACUCUCUUAUCAAGACGCCCCAAUGAGGUAUAGUGGUGUAAUUGUCAAAGCGUUCGACGGUUCUCGUAAAACCGUUAUUGGAGAAGUGGACCUUCCAUUGAAGAUAGGUCCGAGUGAUUUCCAAAUUACUUUCCAGGUAAUGGAUAUCCAUCCGACCUAUAACUGCUUGUUAGGGAGGCCAUGGAUUCAUGAAGCUGGAGCAGUGACGUCUACUCUUCACCAGAAGCUGAAAUUUGUGAAGAACGGAAAGUUUGUCGUUGUUGGUGGAGAGAAGGCAUUGUUAGUAAGCCAUUUGUCAUCUUUGACAUAUGUUGAUGCUGAGGAGGAGGUUGGAACGUUGUUCCAAGCCUUAUUUAUUUCUAAUGAGUUAAAGAAAACUAGGGCACCCAUCUCUUAUUUAAAAAAAACGCAAGAGGCUAUUCAGGCUGGCAGUAUUGACAAGUGGGAUCAUGUUGUGCAGGUCGCUGAGAACAAGAACAGAGCCGGACUAGGAAUUCAACCAGGGUCAUUCAGCGCAAAGCCAAAGUUAUGCAACCAAUUUUCUGUAGUGGAGGGUACAUUCAUGAGAAUGAUCAACACUCAGCUGCCACUAUUGAAGACAAUGGUGAUGGAGACGAAGCUUGCGCCAACUUUGUGACGCAUGGCCAAACUUGCAACAAUUGGGUUGUUGUUGAUGUUUCUGUUGUCAUUCACCAUUCUAAGUAAUUUAUUUUUUAUUGUUUUAAGAAAAAUCCUUUUCCUAUGCCUAAGGGA